AUGUCGUCUCUCGAAUCUACCCUGGACGUUCACCUUCCAGGCCAGAAGUUUCUUGUCCUCAUUUUCGCUGCCUUGUGUCUUCCGGUCGUUUACAAUGUCUUGUUCCAUCCCCUCGCGCAGAUCCCGGGCCCAUUCCUCGCCAAGCUUUCUGAUUUAUGGCACGCAUACCACUUGUCAACUGGCACUCGUCACAUUCUGCUCUGUGACCUCCACGACAGAUAUGGUCCGCUUGUCCGGAUCGGACCAAACACAGUCUCCGUCAACACGAAUGAAGGACUGCAGAAAAUCUUCUCGGCAACUUCACCGAUCGACAAAUCUCCAUUCUACCAGGCCUUUGCGCCGGGCUUCCAUAGUAGUUUUGCCGCUGUUGGCGAUGCCUUUAGGGAGAAGAAAUCGAUACUCUCUCAUGCAUUCGCGCAAAAAAAGCUCGACGCCAUGGAAGUGACAUUCAUGAUACACAUCAAGAAGCUUUGCGAGGUCAUGAAAUCGCAAAAGGCAGUGGAACUUGACGAAUGCUUGUCGGCUUUGACCAUUGACAUCCUGUUAGAUGUGUGCUUUGGCGAGACGUUUGAUCUGUUGUCCAACCCUAUAGAGAAGAGCAAAGAGGCAACUCUCUGGCGGUGGCCAGUAUUGCAAAAGGCCAUUCGAAUAUUGUCGAGCAAGUACACAACUCGCGACUACCCAGCGCAGAGAGCUAUCGGAGCAAUGCUGAAGCAGAGACAGAACGCGUCGGGCAGAGAAGAUAUUUUCAACUACCUGCUAACCGCUGAGAAACCUGGGUCUGGUGAGCCGUUUCCAGACAGGGAAUUGUUCGGUGAAGCAAUCAUUCUGUUUGUUGCAGGAUCCGACACUACCUCGACCGCCCUUCUGACCACAUUGUGGCAUUUACUUCGCCAUAAGCACACCUAUGAUAACGUGGUGAAUGAAGUUAGAUCAAGAUUCAAGUCCAUUGAUGAGCUUACUUACAAGGAGGCUCAAUACCUCCCUUAUUUGAGAGCCGUCAUCGAAGAAGGCUUGAGAAUAUUCCCACCAAACUCUGGAUUUAUACCACGACAAGUGGUUAGAUCUGGUCGACCCUUCAUCCUCCAUGACAUGGAAUUCCCUGUCGGACCCGUCCAGACUGAGAUAGGCGUGUCAAACAUGUCCCUACACCGGAAUCCGUUGUAUUUCGAAAACCCAGACCAGUUCAUCCCGGAACGCUGGACCGACGGAAGCAAAGCAAAGAGAGACAGGCCUGCAUUCUCGCCAUUUUCGAAAGGCCCACGAUCGUGUCUAGGAAGGAACAUGGCAUACGUGGAAAUGACUCUUGUCCUUGCCGCCCUCUUUUUAGAGCUAGACAUGGAGUUCCAAGAUCCGGCCACUGAAGCCAGAGACGGCUACAGGCCCACUGAUUCGUUUGUGUUGCCUUUCUUGAUUGCCACCUAG